AUGGUCGUCCGUGCGCGGAUGGUACGCCGCGCUCGGGCCCUCCAGCUCUUGCAUCACUGCGGCCGAGUCAACGACACCCGUCCGCAAGUCAUCGGCGUCGUCGGCCCGCCCCGCCGCGCCGCGACCCGCUCGCCGAAAAUGGUAUUAAACGGCCCCCCGAAAGCGGCCACCAUAUUCGUUCGUAAUAGUUCUCCAAAU